AUGGCUGAGAGACAAGUCCCCUUCACCCUCCUGCGCCACCCCAGCUGGGACCCCUUCCGAGACUGGAACCAGGGCAGCCGGAUCUUCGACCAGGCCUUCGGCAUGCCCGCCAUGAUGGACGACUGGUACCAAACGGCCAGCGCCCACUGGCCCGGGUACCUCCGCCCACCUGGCUCCAUGCUGGAGGGCUCGCCCGGCACCUUCAUGUCCCCUCCCCCGGCGGCGGCGUACGCCCGCGCCCUGUCCCGCCAGCUCAGGGGUGGCAUGUCCGAAAUCCGGCACUCCCAGAACAUCUGGAAGGUCAGCCUGGACGUCAACCACUUCUCCCCCGAGGAGCUGGUGGUGAAGACCAAGGACGGCGUCGUGGAGAUCACUGGGAAACACGAGGAGAGGCGCGAUGAGCAUGGCUACGUUUCCAGAAACUUCACCAGGAAAUACACGCUGCCCCCUGGUGCCGACGCUGAGAAUGUCACCUCCUCCCUCUCUCCGGAGGGCGUGCUGACGGUGGAGGCCCCGCUGCCGAAGUCAGAGACCCACGCCAACGAGAUCGCCAUCCCCGUGUCCAAGUCCAAGAUGGAGCUUAAGAAGUAAACUCCCCCCAGCAGGUGGCGCUGUACCAGCACUGCCGCAGAUGCCAGCCCACAAGUGCAAUCCACUGAGAAUCACUCACUGCCACUAUUCCUUCUGAGACGGGUCGCUCCUGCCAUCCAGUCCUCUCUCUCAAUGAACCAACCUUAGGAGGCUGUGUUUGCUUUGUAAAUGCACCUGCAAUGUGUGCCUUUAUGCUUGUUGUGUAAGAAUUAUACGCUUUUACUGAAUUUAAGUGAAUAUCCAGUCACUCCAGCUACCCCCCCCCCCCUCUGUUUCUAUCACUAGCUGCCUAAUAAGCAAGCUGUCCGCAGUCUGACGAGCCUCCUGCAUUAAC